GUGCUACGUAUUAAAGUCUGCAAAUUUUUUGACUUUUCUCACGUUAUUAUUUUUGGAGCACAUUCACUGCAAAUACGAAAAGCAGAAUGGGUUCGAGUCAACAAUUUUCUCUUAGGUGGAAUAACUACUUGAAACAUAUUACUUGUGCUUUUGAUACAUUAAGAACAGAGGAAGAUCUUGUUGAUGUAACUUUAAGUUGCGAGGGAAAAAGAAUAAGAGCACAUAAAAUGCUUUUGUCCGCGUGUAGUACAUAUUUUAGAGAUUUAUUUAAGGAAAAUCCAUGUCAACAUCCUGUCAUAAUAUUUCGUAAUGUAAAAUUUGAUGAUUUGGCUGCAUUAGUUGAUUUUAUGUAUCAAGGUGAAGUAAAUGUAGUACAGGAACAAUUAGCCAGUUUUUUAACAACUGCUGAACUACUCGCUGUUCAGGGUCUUACAGAUGGUACAGGGAAAGAUAAUGAUAGUUUAGUAGAGGAUGACAUAGAAAUUCCAAAUGAACCUGAAAUUCAACUUCAAAAUGCUUCUAGUAAAACAACAACAGACAAAAGAAAUAAAUCACCUUCAUCUCCAAUGCCUUACCAUGCUGUCGAUUUACAACCUGAUGCCCCACCGAGUAAAAGACGAAAAUGUAGAGAAAAUGCAAAUACAAAUGCAGAUAAGGCUAUAAGUAAUGCUUUAUCUGGAAAAGAUUCUGAAAAUAAGACUUCAGAAAAUCAAUCAACAACUGGCUCAGAUCCUGUUGAAAUAAUUCCUCUAAUGCCGAAUUUAAAGUUGGAAAUGCCUGAAUAUCUAGUACAAGAUGGAAGUAGCUGUAGUUAUGAAGAACAGAGUUUAGGAGACAGUUCACUAAACAAAAUUGGUAUAGAAGAUACAUCAUCUAAUACUCCUGAUCAUGAUCAGAAGCCUGAUAUUACUCAAACAUUUUAUUCAAGUAAUCAGUCUACUUCAGAUAGUUUGGAUCUUAAACAUCAAACAGCCGACGUUGGACACUUGCUUUCAAAACCUAGUACUUCUGGAGAAAGGUUAACGCAAGAAGCAGUACAGGAUUCUCGUACGGUGGUCAUCGAACAGCCGUCGCAUUCGUGCAAACUCUGCGGUAAAACGUUUUGGAAUCGGGACUCGAUGUACAAACACAUGAACAUGCACAAAGGAACGACUCAGUGUCCGGUGUGUCAUAAAGUGCUGAGCCGCACGACGCACAUGAAGCGACAUUUAAAAAAUCGGCACGGUUGGCUGGGCGUCGGGACGACCGCCGCCGCCGCCGCAACUGCAGUCGCGAACGCCGCAGCAGCCGCCGCCGCCGCAGCAGCAGCCGCAGCCACAGCCGGAACUGCAACCGGAACCGCGUCCACCAACACCGCCCCCGGUGUCCCUGUUGUCUCCGCUGUCAGCGGCGCUUCCACGGCGACCGAUGGUAGCACCGUAGCGACGCCCCUGCCGACGCCCAUUUCCGUCUCCUCCACCGCGAUUGCCCACCAAAACGUUGGAAGUCCUACCGCCGCUCUCGAACCUAAUGCCACCUACACCACUAUACGUAUCAGGGAGAGCAGCGUCGAGCGAAUCACGUCUAGUCCUAUUCCUUAGUGCGAACAUAUCCUGCCAAAUCUACACGCCCGUCGACGAAAGAGAGAAUAAACGCGCGCGAUUCUUUCAUUCUCAGUCCCAUUACUCUCCUUUUCUUCCCGUGUCUUUUGCCAGCCACGGUGCUCUGUACACGCGAACAUGUUACAUGCUCCACUUUUCCUCUACUUGUACUCGUCAACGGUCUAACCGCUUUCGGGGACGAUAUUUUCGAGUCGGUCAUCGCAUGCGCGAUCUAUUCGCGCUUUCAGUCCGUCAUCGGUCGCGUGCAUGCAAACCUCUCUGCUUUUCCAUUGUCUUUUCUUUUUAGAUUUUAAGAUAUAAUCCUCGUGCAUACGCGAAUAUUCAUUUAUUCCGCCAAUCGGAUCUUCCGAAACGA